AUGAACGAUAGUUUUCUUGAUAUCAUCGGCUCUUCGGGUGCCCCGACGCGAGACAACCUAGGAUGGCUCUACCUCUUGGGCAUCCUCCUUGUGCCUGGGGCGCUCGUACUUGCGCGGGCCUUCGCGAGGCCACCAAAGCCCCGUUGUCCUCUUCCUCCAGGGCCCAAACCUCUCCCGAUCAUCGGAAACUUACUAGAAAUGCCCACGGAACAGCCCUGGCUAGUAUAUGAUUCGUGGUUCAAGAAAUACAACUCCGAUAUCAUCCACUUCAACGUCGUCGGUCAACCUGUCAUUGUGCUCGGUUCCGCGAAACGCUGUUUCGACCUAUUUGACAAGCGAUCGGCCAUCUACUCGGAUCGCCCACGGUUGCCCAUGAUCCUUGAAUUGAUGAAAUGGGAAAUCAACUUGGGCUUCCUUCCUUAUGGACCUUGGUGGAAGCGCCAUAGGAAACUCUUCGUCCAAUAUUUUCAUCCCAAUGUCGUUCCCAAGUACAGACCUGUACAAUUGAGAGAGGCACGAAUUUUUACCCGACGACUAUUGGGAUCACCUGAAAACUUCUCCCAUCACAUUCGCCACACCUUUGCCGCUAUGAUCAUGGACGUUUCCUACGGCGUGCGAGUCCUUGAGAAGGGUGAUCCGUACAUCCUGACUGCCGAAGAAGCCUUUUCUAGCUUGAAUGCCGCAACUGUUCCUGGAACCUUCCUGGUCGAUCUAUUCCCUAUUCUGAAGCAUAUCCCGUCAUGGAUACCUGGGGCUGGAUUCAAACGUCUCGCAGAACAUGCUGCGAAGGUAAAUACCGUAAUGGCCACUCGUCCGUGGGACGCAGUGAAGGAAGCCCUCGUGACAGGCACAGCUGUGCCUUGUAUAGCGGCGAGUAUGCUAGAAGUUUUGCCCCAGGGAGAGAAGCGGGCAGAAGAAGAGGAGAUCGCCAGAAACUGUGCAGCAGUCUCAUAUGCAGGCGGAGCGGACACCACGGUCUCCACGGUCCAAGCCUUCUUUUUGGCCAUGGCCAUGUUCCCGGAGGUGCAGAAGAAAGCGCAUACUGAACUUGAUGCCGUGAUUGGCGGUCGUUUGCCUACUUUCGAAGAUAGACCUCAGUUACCUUACAUUCAAGCAAUAGUUCAAGAGGCUAUGAGAUGGCAGCAAGUUACGCCGCUUGCUGUGUCACAUGCGUCCAUGGCAGAUGAUGAGUAUGACGGAUAUUUCAUCCCCAAGGGUUCUAUUGUCGUUGGCUGCAGUUGGUCUAUUUUGCAUGACCCAGUGAUGUACCCCAGACCAUUUGACUUCAACCCUGACCGGUUUCUCAAAGACGGGGAGAUCAAUCCCGAAGUAAGACAUCCUAAUCAAGCAUCGUUCGGAUUUGGUCGCCGAAUGUGCCCAGGGCGAUUUUUCAGCGACAGCUCCCUGUACAUCAUCGUAGCAAGCACACUUUCGGUAUUCUCCAUCCAACCGCCCCUUGAUGAACUAGGAAAUCCCAUUGCGUUAGAAGCGGUAAUGACCACGGGGCUAUUAUCCUAUCCUCGUCCAUAUGCAUGCAGAAUCGCUCCUCGCUCGCCGGCCGCCGAGAAACUUAUCCGAGACUCCGAGCUGGAAUAUUAUUAA